GCAUCAGAGAAGCCGGGUGGAUCAUUACAUUUGGGGUGUUAGGGAGGGCUGCAGAAGGUUCUUAAUUCCUCCUUGCCACAUUUCCAAACUCAGGCCUCUGUAGGUUUGGCACGAGGUCGCCUAUUUCGACUUCGAUUUCGAUUUCCACGUUCCUGGCGUCGUGGCCAUGUUUCGGAGCUUAAACCCUACACGACUUGGUGAGAUUGCUCGAUCUCUGAAUUGAGCUUGAAUUGCCAUCGCAUCUAGGUAUAUAGUGGGUUUGUCCUUCGACGCCCAAAUUGAUAUGAUGAAGGUGCAACAGCAGUAGCAGGGAGCGAUUGCGAUGGACAAUUAUGGGCGGAGGCGGAGGACAGGCGUGUAUGAGCUUCUGACUGUUGACACUUCUGGCGACGAUGAGGAGGUUGGGAGGCAAGAAGAACAGUCCUUGCCCCCCACGGCGAAGAUCAAGGGGAAGCGACGCAAGCACAAGCAUAGGAAGAUGGGGCAGAACAUUGGGUUUGAAAUGGUCCUUGGGGAGAAGGAUUUAGGCGACGUUGCGGAAGAAAAUGAGGUUAGUUCUACUCUAGGUCUGAUUAGUGUGAGUCCGCAGCGGAACAUCGACUUGGGGAUUCUUCCAGUGAGUGAUGUUGGUGCUUUGAAGGAAAUGAUUCAGAUGCGUGCAGGUGACAUUCUUGCGGACUUGCGUUUGGAACCUGUGGUUGAUCUUAGGGGAGUUAGUGUUAUGGAUUUUGAUGAUGUCACAAAAGAAGCUCUCAAGUCCAAAGAUGCUGAGCAGAAAUUUCGAAUCCAAAAUCUUACAGCUACUAAUACCACUCCGGCUGCUGAUCUUCAGCAGCUCGGUCAGAACUCUCUUCUUAUUACAGAGAAUUUGAGAAAUUUGGCUUCUGGUGUGCCUGGCCCUGGUGUGCUUCACAGAGAGCUCUCUUUGAAAAGUAGGUCUGUGGAAACGCUGAUUAGCCAUGGCUUAGAAGACAAAAUUCUAGAUUUUGGAAGUGAAAUUCGGCCUGAAUUUGUUUCGUCUUACGAUAAAAUUUAUUCCGACAAUGCAUUAAAUGAUGGUUGUGCCCCGGACCUUCGUUUAUCGUUGCCAAUAGAUCAAUCAGCGGGACAAACAUCUCUUGUUGCACCUGAUUUCAACAUCGUAUCAGGAUACAGUCCUCGAGGUGGUCAAAGAGAACCUAUGUUUGCUCCUGGACAAAUCUCCACGGAGCUCAGGCAGCGAGCCGUUGAGAAAUUGCCCAGCUCACCCGUUCAAGGGAAUGGAGUUGAAAAACACCCAAUUCCAAGGUUAGUUUCUUUGAAAAUGCAGAAGCCAGACGCAGAUCCAAGCUACCCUGGGCAUGUGGAUGUGGUUGAGCAGUCAUUGGGGUCCAGAGUUCCCCCAUUGCCCCGGCCUCUACUAUCAAGCUACGAAACUCCGCAUUUGACGGAGUGGGAAAGGUUGAUGGCUGCGAAUUCAGAAUAUCCAGCGGUGGUUGGCCUAUCACCAAUAAAUUAUUUGCGGGAGGAAUUCCAGAGGGGGAGCUUGUCCGAGCGCCAUCCAUCACAUGGCAUACAACAGAGACGGGAGCGUAUAUACAACACAAUGUUUCAUGUACCGUGGAGAUGUGAGUUGCUUAUCGAUGUUGGAUUCUUCGUGUGUUUGGACUCCUUCCUUUCGCUGUUCACAGUUAUGCCAGCUAGGAUCAUUAUGUUUCUCUGGCAGCGGAUCUUGCAUUGGAGGCAAUUUCAAAGACCAUAUGCUGCUGAAUUGUCUGACUUCGCUUCAUUGAUUAUCCUUGUCCUGGGCGUGGCGGUUCUUCAGCAGGCUGAUAUCAGUUUCAUUUAUCAUUACAUUCGAGGCCAAGCCACAAUUAAGCUAUAUGUUGUUUUCAAUGUCCUUGAGAUCUUUGACAAGCUUUGUCAAUCUUUUGGAGGCGAUGUGCUCCAGAUUCUUCUCAAUUCUGCUGUAGCUAUUGGAGACUCUCCGCCUGAGAGGCUGAUCAAGCAGUGGGCUCAAUUCAUUUUGGACCAGAGUAUCGCCAUUGUGUCAUUCCUGGUGCACUCUCUUGUGAUCAUGUCUCAAGCUAUCACAGUAUCAGCGGCCAUCAACUCUCAGAAUAAUGCGCUGCUCACACUCCUCAUUUCGAACAAUUUUGCCGAAAUCAAGAGUAAUGUUUUUAAACGGGUCGCCAAAGAGAAUCUCCACAAGAUGGCCUAUCACGACACAGUGGAGCGAUUCCACAUCAUGGCACAUCUUUUAUUCGUUUUGGCACAGAAUAUUCAGAAUAGCGAGGACACCUGGCUCUGGAAUUUUGCUUAUAAUGCAGGGAUGGUAGUUCUGUGUGAAGUACUCGUUGAUGUGAUCAAACACUCAUUCUUGGCCAAGUUCAACGAAAUAAAGCCCAGUGCAUAUUCAGAAUUUCUCCAAGCUCUUUGUAAGCAGACUCUGAACAGUCAUUCACACGAAGUGCACAAGACUCUACACUUUGUACCGCUUGCCCCUGCUUGUGUGGUUCUGAGGGUCUUGAUUCCAUUGUAUGCUACAUUUCUUCCACAAGGGCCACUUCUGCAUAGAGUGGUGGGCAUUAUUAUUCUUGGUGGAGGCACUUACAUCAUCCUUCUGGCCUUGAAGAUACUUGUUGGUUUGGGGUUGCAGAUGCAUGCUGCGUGGUAUCUGAAACGAUGUAAACACAAAGAAGGCCACCACUUGCAUGCAGACUGAAAUAAUUCACAUUGGCCGAAGUCUGGAUAUUUUUUGGGUUUCACACUCGAACCCUGGUGUACUAGACCAGUUCGAUCUGGAGUGAUGAUCAAAUGUAUCUUCUCGUCUUCAAUUUUUCUAGGCAUCUCGAUUAUUUUUUUCGCAUGUGUGUAGUCUACGGAUGCUCACAAGGGUGUCUAAGAAGGAUUAUAAAUAGUGAUGCAUUAAAAAAGCUUCUGGGGAAUUAGCCCGUCCUGGAGUCUUUUACUGCUGAUACACCGAUUUGCAAAGUUUGUAUCUGGGUUGAUGCCCGUGUUGCCCUGUCACAUCGCAUAUGAUUAUUUGUAUUCUUCUAAAUAUUCGCAUCAAA